CGUCAAUUGUAUAGAAACGGGUCGCUGAACGAGCGAGUCAAACAGUGAACUUGGCAGACGAGCGUCGGCAUAUUCCCAGCAUCGUUAUGUCAGCGUGGAAAAGAUCUCAAAAUAGCUUCAGAAUUUACGUCUGUUUUGAAAAGGCGCACUUCGAUAACAUGUCGAAUUUUGCGAUGGUGUCUUACAUAUUUAGGGGUUAAAACAAAGCCGAAUGUGCACUUUUCGCACAGGUUAAAUAUCUACAGAAAGGGAUUGACUGCGGAUGGCCGCAUCAUCUGCUCACGUUAACUGCGUUUAUGUGAAUGCGAGCCUACGUGUCAGGCUCUACAUAAGGAUGCCGCGAUUAUUGCUUUGUUUCAUCAAUGUUUUAUUCGCUUUGUUGGCUAAAAAGAAGCGGUCGAGGGUUGACUUUUAUAUCUCCUCCUUCUUGUUGGCGAGGUUCAUGCUGAUCGAUGAGUUUAAAGCGCUGUUCAUUUUGAAGAAACGGGAUGAAGUUACAUAAUUGCAAACGUAGGAAUGGGUUUUCACCUUUACUUCAUUCCCGCGCUUGUGAAGCUACUAAAUAUGCGUUAUUGUUCAUUGGUUGAAGAUGGUGGCGCUAUUGCCUCUUUUCUUUCUCAAACGUGACAAAGGCAUUACAAGACAACAGGCGGCAAUGUAUUAUAUUUAUUGACCCCGCUGUCGGUACAGGAAAGGUGCGUAUAUUGAUGUCAUCAUCUGACUGUUGCCGUUGUAUGGGUGGAUAUGUGAUGCCUGGACAUAUGAAGACAUCCUUAAUCUUUAAUACUUGAGGUCAAGACUUUAUGGUCAUGGUCAUGGUGGUGAUCGUGUAUGUGUGUGACAGUGGAUCAAAGAAAGGUGGACAAUGCCGGAUGGAUUCUUACCCUCCUGGGGGGCUUUGUGGUCCCCACUGGGCUGUGUAUCUCUCCCAGGAUUUAAGGAGCACCAUCUCCAGCGGGCCAUCUCUGCCCAGCAGGUGUAUGGGGAGAAGAGGGACAACAUGGUGAUUCCUGUCCCAGAGGCCGAGAGCGACAUCGCCUACUAUGACUCUCUCUACCCAGGGGACUUCAAAAUGCCCAAACAGCUCAUUCACAUACAGCCGUUCAGCCUCGACACGGAGCAGCCGGAUUAUGAUCUGGACUCUGAGGAUGAUGCAUUUGUAAAUAAGCUGAAGAAGAAGAUGGACGUGGGUGCCCUGCAGUUUGAGGAGAUGAUUGACCGGCUGGAGAAAGGCAGUGGACAGCAGCCGGUUUCUCUGCAGGAGGCCAAGCUCUUGUUAAAAGAGGAUGAUGAACUGAUAAAGGAGGUGUAUGAGUACUGGAGCAAGAAGAGAAAAGCAUGUCAGAGUGGCUCUGUGAUCCCUGUGGUCAAACAGGAGAGGCGUGACAGCUCCAGCACCAAUGACCCUUAUGUGGCCUUCAGACGCAGGACAGAGAAGAUGCAAACCAGGAAGAACCGUAAGAAUGAUGAAGCUUCUUACGAGAAGAUGCUGAAGCUGCGUAGGAACCUGAGCCGAGCCGUCACCAUCCUGGAGAUGAUCAAGAGGAGGGAGAAGAGCAAGAGAGAGCUGCUGCACCUCACGUUGGAGAUAGUGGAGAAGAGGAACAGCAUAUCUGAUUUCGGAGGUGAGGUUAUGGCGGAGGUUCUGGCUCAGAGAGCUCUGGAGAAGCCCGUCAUCCCUCUCAUCCCAAUCACAAACAGCAGCCAGUACAGACACACAGAACACGACCGGGACUACAAGUGCAAGGUGGAUAAACCAGAGGUGGUACGCCAAAAGAGGAAGUAUGAAAAGAAAGCCAAGCCAUUGCCAUUGGCAGGCUCCGGCCACUUGGGCCCGGCAAUCUUUAACACUAAGGACCUCAAUCAGUAUGACUUUCCCAGCUCGGACGAUGAACCCUUCUCUCAGAUUUUCUCUGGUUCUUCAGAGGUUGAGGAGGAGAAUGACCCAGAUGGCGUGUUUGGAUUUCGGAGGAGAACUGGUUGUCAAUAUCAAGCUCUUCAUUCGGGACCCGCUGCGGAUUGGCCCUGGUGUGGUCUUACUGAGGGCGGGUUAGGAGAUGCGCGGUAUCGCUAUUCUCUCACCACACUCACAGUGCCAAGGCGAUGCUUGGGGUUGGCACGGCGACGCAUUGGCAGAGGGGGCAGGGUUUUGUUAGACCGUGCCCACUCGGAUUGGGACGAUGUGUAUCACGGGCUGGACCCGGAUUCCCCCGUGCUCCGUUCGCAGUCUCUCACCCAGCAGCACAGCAUGGAUACCUCACAUACCAGCACUGAUACCUCCUCCCCCUCCUCAUCUCCACCAAACCUCUCGCAACUCCUGCUCAACAUUAAAGCCUGUCGCUGGAGGCAUUUCAAGCCUCGGGCAACAUACGACCCGGACAAUCCCGAGCACUGGUCUACACGAAGACACCGCCGCGGCUGCCUCAUCCGCCCAAUCAGCACGCUUCGGACACGGGGAGGCCCAGCUUCCUCCAACCGACCUGUCCCACCACCCACACCUGCUUUCACUGCUGAACAGUACCAGCAGCACCAAGAGCAGCUCGCUCUCAUGCAGAAACAACAGCUUGAGCAGGUCCAGCUUCAGCAGCAGACUGCCAGCACCCCCAUUAACCCACAGAGUUUGGUUUCAAAGACGAUAGAUGCUGCCAGUGCUCAGUUUGCUGCCUCUGCGCUCGUGACUCCUGACCAGCUUGUGGCGCUCAAGAGCAAAGAAGAGGGAGUUGGUGUCAAUGGGGUCGUCUCAGCCUCAGGCAUCUACAAGGGCUUACACCACACAAGCUCUACAGUGUCCUCCAUCCACCUGUCUUCUGGCCCUACCUCCACCUCAUCCCCCUCCCCCGCAGCUGCCACCACCACUAACAACGGAACCUCCUCGGCCAAUCAUCACGUCAGCACGGCCGGACCCGCCCCUGCCCAGGCACUGAUGGGCGGAGCUGUUAGAGUGAGCGUGCCCUCGGCUGGCACUUUGAACGUACGACAGUUGCAGCGUCAGCGUCAGCUCACUGUUCCAGCGUCUGCCCUGAAAAUCGCUGCCAAUGCCAACAGGCCCAUCUCAAAAGUCCCCACGGGGUCGACGACCCUUGACAUAGGGCCCAGGGAAAAUCACGAUCAAGAGAAACCUCCGUUAAACAGUCUGACAGACAACACAGUCGCCAUGGAGGUUACGUAGCACCGCCCCUCGACCUAUCACACACCAUCCCUCAAUCGAGGCGUCUCCUUUAGGUGCUAUGCAUCAUAGUGACGCUGUUUCCAUGGCAGCCGUUGGGACUUAAUUGCAAUUCUCAUCUCUUUGUUUCCAGUUUUUUUGUUACUGUUAAUAUCAACGUCUGUAAAUUAUGAAAUAUGGAAUUUAUUCUAUGUACAUACAUAUUUGUAAUACUCCCCUUGUAUAUAACAUUACUUGAAUACAGAAAUUGUUCAUUUGUGAUGUUUUGCACUUGGGAAAAAAUCAGAAAAAUACUGCGAUUUUCGUAGUGUGUGGGCCGUUUGUGCGUGUGUGUCGGAUUGUGAAUGUUAGAAGGUGUUUGUGCGACUGUCUAUCUGAAUGUAUGCGUCACAUGCAUGGUGAAAAACCUGCUGUUUUAUCUAUUUAUUGUGAGGUGUUUACAGAUUUUUUUCAAUACACUGUAACCACCUGGGUUUAUGUGCAUUGUGUAUGUGUCUGCGUGUGUAGUUAAAGCUGUUUUAUGUGAACAUCUUGUUGGAAAAAAGCAGCAGGGGUUUCGCUCUUUCUUGGUUUGUCUCUUCUCAAAUGUGGCUGCUCCCACUCCACUCAAGCACUAUUUUAAUUUUUUUAAUCAAUGCUGCUUUUGUAUCAUUUCUUUUUUUGGAAAACCCCUUUCUCAUUUAGGGGUUUUAAAUACCUGUUGGAGUCCUUUUGGAGUUGUGAAACGUUUGUUUUUAUUACCUCUGUUUUUGAUGACUGAUUGUAUGUCCCUGUGCUAAAAACCAGGUCUGUUGUGUGUAACAGAAGUUCAUAAGGGAGAGGACUACAGUAUGCUUCUUUACCAUCAUCAUCAUCAUCAUUCCACUUUAUAUGAAAAUAAGGAAAACGAUCAAAAAUGGGACGUUUUGUUUCCUGUAAGACUUUAUGGUGGCACCAUUCAUGUGGGGCCAGCGUGAGCUCUCUUCUGUGAAGAGGAUGGUACCUCACAAUGCUAUUCGUAUUUGUUUGUAUGUACCACAAUCUGAAUGCCCGUUCCAAUGGCAUCAUCUAUCUUUGAGGUGUUUUUUUAAAGUCCCACCUGGAAGAAUGAAAUAAAAAAACGUAUAUGACAAAAUGUUUAAUAAACCCAGGGCAUUAAGUGUUUGACCAGCACAA